AUGCAGCAGGCUCUCGGUCAACCUCCUCCCGAGAUCAAGCAGACUGAACUGCAAUACCCGACGAGAGAUGGCUCUUAUAUACGUGCAAAGCUAUAUCAGCCGGUCGAUUUACGCAAGGAGAGAUCUCCCCUGAUCGUGAUGUAUCACGGUGGUGGCUUUUGUUUCGGUGACGUCGAAGACGAGGAAGAGUCGUGUCGAAUCUUCGUCCAGGCCUUUGGUGCUGUAUGCGUAUCGGCUACAUAUCGUAAAGCACCAGAGUUCAGAUUCCCCUAUGCUGCUAACGAUUCCGGUUUUGUCGUUGGGGGCACGUCAGCCGGUGGAAAUCUCGCAGCCGUCAUGGCACAUCUUGCACGAGACGAAAACCUGUCGCCACCGUUGACGGGACAGUAUCUAGCUGUUCCAUUGCUCCUACCUAGUCGCAGGGUACCAGAACAGUACAAGGAGUUCUACCGCUCCUUCGAGCAGAAUAAAGACGCUCCGGUACUGCCGACGGCUCUUCUGAAUCUGGUACUACGAGAGUAUCGGCCCAAUGACGACGACGGCAUCUUGUACGACACCUUCAAUCACCCAAAGGGUCAUAUGGAAUUACCCCCCGCCUUUUUCCAAGUCGCCGGAUUAGACCCGUUAAGAGACGAGGCAAUCAUCUACGAAGGAAUCCUGCGAGAGAACUGUGGUAUCCGAACAAAGAUGAACAUAUACGCCGGUCUACCACAUUAUUGGUGGGCUUCUUUCCCAUUUUUAGGGACGGCCAAAACCUUCCGCAAGGAUCAAGUCAACGGCAUGGGAUUCCUUCUCGGAAGGAACUCUGGUUAG